AUGUCGGAAGGGGACCCGUCGCCCCGGGGCGACGGAGCAGGCGGCGAUGGAUCGUCGUCCAAGUUCAACACGCGCAACCCCGCGGUCAAGCGCAUCCUCCGGGAGCAGCGGGAGAUGCUCGCGUCGGACGAGGACGAGAACGACUGGGCGCUGCACGCGGAGAUGUGCGAGGACGACAUCUUCGAGUGGCACUUCGCCAUCAUGGGCGCGGAGGGAUCGGAGUUUGAAGGGGGCAUCUACCACGGCAGGAUCCUCCUUCCGCCGGAGUAUCCCUUCAAGCCGCCGUCGUUCAUGCUCCUGACACCGUCGGGAAGGUUCGAGACGAUGACGAAGAUCUGCCUCUCCAUCACCCAGCAUCACCCCGAGCACUGGCAGCCGUCGUGGAGCGUCCGCACCGCGCUUCUGGCGGUGAGGGCGUUCAUGCCCACCCCCGCGGACGGUGCCGUCGGUUCGUUGGAGUUUAACGUGGACGAGCGCAGGGCGUUGGCGGCGAGGAGCAGGUCCGAGGUGCCCAGCUUUGGCAAUGCGGCGCGGCGCGAGCUCACGAACGCGGUGCACCGACGCAUGCUCGCCAG